UCAUAAUCUCACUCGAGUUAGAUCAGCACUAAAUAUGUAGGUCUGCAAAAAUGAACAUUCAUAAUUAUAACUUGUCGUUGCGUAGAUUAACUUCCUCAACACAAACUACUGCUAUUAAUAAGGUGUACAGAAUGACUUCGAUAUUAUUUUUAUGUUCGCGUGUCGUCACUCUAAUUUCCUUCAUCCUGAUCUUGUCACAAUUGUCAAAGGGUCAGCUGCUGACUGCAGAAUACUUGGAUGCCAAGCUCCCUUUCCCCAAUCGAUGCCCACGAGGCGUAUUUAACGGGGAUGACCUUAUUUACCUCUUGGGGGGAUCAGGAGCGGAUGGAGUGUCUCAAAACCAGAUCUUGUCCCUCUCCGUCUCUACGUCCACGUUGCAAUCGGUGGGCGUCCUGCCAGGAAACGGGAGGCGAGGCACGAUACAGUCCGACGCUUUCGGAAACAUGUACUACAUUGGAGGUGGGGAUGGUCAUCACUUUGUGUUCAAGUUUGACCCCGUAACCAAUCGGAGCACGGUGGCGGCUUCGCUCCCUUACAACGUGGAAGACAGCACCUCCGUCAAGAUAUUGGACAACAACAACACGGUUUACAUCUUGGGCGGUGAUGAUUUUGGCGACGGUUUGCUCGCCUUCGACCUCGAACUCCUCACAUACGCAAACGUCUCCACCCUCCCGUUCGCUAUCAACCAAGGAACCUCUGUUCGUGGGAAUGACCUCAAAAUGUACAUUUUUGACGACAGUUCCACCCUGGAACAGAAGCAAGCGAUCGAGUUGGAUCUGGUAACUCUGCGAAUGAUGUCCGUGGGACCACCAACCCUGCCUCAGUUCAUCUACUGGCCUUCGUCCGUCUUUGAUGGGGACAAGUUUGCAUACAUUAUCGGAGGCUACCUCCCCAAUGUGGAGAGUGAUGAAGACGACGACAACAAUGUUUUGACCCCGACCGGAGGCAUCAUCCAGUUUGACACUGUCACUUUCGAAAAUCGGUUUUUGCCUGUGAGAAAUCUUCCCGUGGAGGGACUCAGCUACUUCACCCUCGCGCCAGCCGCGGUCUAUGUCAACACUUUGAACAGGAUUUAUUUCUUUGGAGGCCAGUCGUUCAACUACACUGUGAAUGGGACGGUCACUCACGACGACAUUUUCUACAUUGACCUCACCCCAUUGAGUCCAUCGACUCUGCCUCCUACCACAACGACCGGAGGUCAACCCUCUACCACUAGUACGCCCACAACCCUCACAACAACAACUCUAACCACCAUGACCACUUCAGUAGCUCCUACAACUACAGUUCCAAUCAGUACCACCACCUUGAACCCUGACCUCUUCUCAUGCACGGAUCGUCCAAAUGGACUUUAUCCACACCCAACGGACUGUGCGAUGUACAUUGGUUGUCACGAUGGAGAGCUGUUGGUGUUUAGUUGUCCGCCUCCGCUCCUCUUUGAUCCUGUGAAGAAGGCGUGCGACUUUCCCGACGUGGUCGACUGUGACCUCACCUGCGUGGGGAAGCCUGAUGCGAGCUAUCCCCACCCUCACGACUGCUCCCUCUACAUCAUGUGUCGGUCCGAGGUGCUCAACGUCUUCAGGUGUCCACCCCCACUCCUCUUCCACCCAGAACUACUCACAUGCGCCUUCCCCGAAGAGGUCACCUGCUCCCAAUGAUCUACUCGCAUUAUUUCUACAAGCCAACCUCCCUAAUUACAACAAAUGUCCACUUAUCAAGUUUUAAUAAAAUAAGUACAUGUACAACAA